UGUUUCCCGGCGAGCCCCGCGCGAAUUUCCGGCGCCGAAACCUGGAGGCGGAAACUGGGAACGCCUGGGCGACUGUGGGCGGUGUGAGUCCUGGGGGGCGGGACAGGCGACGCGGCCCGCCUGGCUCCGAGGUCGAGCGCAGGGCUUCGGGAGGCCGGGGCCGGCGCCCCGAGGCAGAGGCCGAAGGGGGCGCGCACCUCAGGGAGGUGCAGGGGAAAAGCCUGGGGCGCCGCACCCGCUGCCCGCCCCUCCGCCUCUCAUCUCCGCUCAGGCAAGGCUGCUGGGACCGAGCGCGGGGCUCUGGCCGGGUCCGCGUUCCCGACUGCCGAGUCCUACUGAGCGACCCUGGAGUGCCUGUCCAGAUGCCAACCCAGCUGCCACUGGGGAUCCCUCUGGGAGAUUGAAGGCCCAGGUUGAGGCUGACCAGCCCUGAGCCUUAGGCCAGGGGAAUGGCAGCCCCCCCAGAGCCUCAGGACCAGGCCCCUGGGGAGGGAGAAGGGCUUCUGAUCGUGAAGGUAGAAGAUUCCUCCUGGGAGCAGGACGCUGCCCAGCAAGAGGACAGCAGGGAUUCAGAGGUGUGCCGCCAGCGCUUUCGGCAGUUCUGCUACGGGGAUGCGUGUGGGCCCCACGAGGCCUUCAGCCAGCUCUGGGAGCUCUGCUGCCGCUGGCUGCGGCCCGAGCUGCGCACCAAGGAGCAGAUCCUGGAGCUGCUGGUGCUGGAGCAGUUCCUGAGCGUGCUGCCCGUGGGCGUCCAGGGCUGGGUAUGCGAACGAUGCCCAGGGAGUGGCGAGGAAGCUGUUGCCUUGGUGGAGGACCUGCAGAAGCAGCCAGUGAAAGCUUGGCCACAGGAUGUGCCCUCAGAGGGGGCGGAACCUGAGGCUGCAGUCCAGGGAUCUCAGGCCCAGGGGCCUCCCCGGAAGGCAGGGACACAAAGCCGGCCACCUGUACCCUGGGAGCAGCACAGCCAUGGUGCCCAGCUUCCGGCUCUUCUUAAAGAGGGGAGCACCAGAGAGACGACAGAUACCUGCUUUGACUCUGGGGGACCUGUGACAUUUGGAGACAUUCCCUUCUAUUUCUCCCGGGAAGAAUGGGGGUCCCUGGACCCUGCUCAGAGAGAUCUCUUCUGGGACAUAAAAAGGGAGAACUCCCAGAACAUUGCCCUGGGUUUGGGACUCACGAGCCACAGCGAGAGAUCCCGGCUGGAGGAGGUGGUGACGGCGCUCCCGGGCCAGGCUGCUGGCGAUGUGACCGUGUCCUGGAGGCUGGAGGAGGCCGAGGCCCGGCCGGGGGUGCCCCGGGGGCGGGCAGCGGGGGCGCGGCGGGGGCGGCCACCCACGCGCCGGCGGCAGUUCCGGGACCUGGCGGCCGAGAAGCCGCACAGCUGCGGCCAGUGUGGCAAGCGCUUCCGCUGGGGCUCUGACCUGGCGCGCCACCAGCGCACGCACACGGGCGAGAAGCCGCACAAGUGCCAGGAGUGCGACAAGAGCUUCCGCAGCUCCUCGGACCUGGUGCGCCACCAGGGCGUGCACACGGGCCAGAAGCCCUUCUCCUGCUCCGAGUGCGGCAAGAGCUUCAGCCGCAGUGCCUACCUGGCCGACCACCAGCGCAUCCACACGGGCGAGAAGCCUUUCGGCUGCAGUGACUGCGGCAAGAGCUUCUCACUGCGCUCCUACCUGCUGGACCACCGGCGUGUGCACACGGGCGAGCGGCCCUUCGGCUGCGGCGAGUGCGACAAGAGCUUCAAGCAGCGCGCCCACCUCAUCGCCCACCAGAGCCUGCACGCCAAGAUGGCCCAGCCUGUGGGGUGAGGGCCGGAAGGGCAGCCCAGGCAGGGUCCCCACCCGGCCCAGUCCACCAUCUCCGCUGCCGGCAGGACUGCAGGGUCCCCCACGUGCAGAACCCAUCAGCCCUGACCUCCUGGGGACCUGGCCAACGCCCACCAGGCAUGGAAUCCCUUGUGACCUCGUGGCCAUGCCCCUAACUGCUCUGGGGUUUUUCUUGCCCCCUGGUUUCCUGGAGCCCCGGCACAUUCCAGGCUGGUGGCGUGAGCACAGGGGAGAAGCUGGGGCACAGGGACGUAUGAGGACUCGGGCAGGCCUGGGGUCUCCAUCCCAGAACCCCCUAAGCCUUGCUUGGCCCCGUCGCUCUCUGUUCCCAGCCUUCUCGGCUGGGUCUAUGAGCUGGGCCUCCUGUCCUGCCAUCCUGUGCCUUCCCACGGGGGUGAAGGCUAAGCCUUAGGGUACUGCUGGGCUCUGGGAGGGUCAGUCAGCCCACACCCAUGAGGACCUGGGUCCUGGGUGCAGCCACAGGGGCUUUCUGGCCUCCACCCCUUCCCAUUUCCAGACCUUGACCGCUCUGCGCUGUCCCAGCAGCAUGCAAGCUGCCUGCCUCUGCCCUCAGCCAGCUUGCCCCCAGCUGAGUUCCCAAGAGUCACCCUCUACCAGUCUGGGGAGGGUGGUGUUGGCUCCAGGGACAGAGGCCAACUGUGCAGACCAAGAACAGGGCCAGCGGAGGCCCGCUGCCCCCACUGCUCCCCAGUCUCCUGGAGUCUCGGGGUUUAUGGUACUUAACACUAGCACUCCAUCAGCACCUUGUCACUAACUCCUGAGGCGCUGUAUUCCCUGCAGAAGGGCAUUCACAGGGACAGACCACAGGCCCUCCCAAGGAGCUGGCCCAGCUGGCCUCAAAGGGCAGCAGAAAGGUUGAAUAAACAUGAAAACUUU